AUGGCAUUAUUAUUCGGUAAUGACUAUUAUUGGACAAAAUCAAUACUCGCCCUAAAUCUGAUUUAUUUUACGAGAAUGUUAAAUUAUCUUAAGAAUGCUCCGUUUUGCACAAGUGAUGAAUUUUGGAAAGAAAAAGGAUAUAAAUCUUUAAUGGUAUACAUUAUUCGUAUCAUUUAUUAUGAUGAAAAUGAAAGUGUGUUCAAGAAAUUAUUUUUAUAUCUAAAAUUUGGAAAAACAAGUGAAUUUGAAGAUUCCUCGGUGCAAUCUAUAAUCGAAAGACUCGAAUAUCUUGAAUCGAAAUUUCAUUCAGAAAAAUCUUUAACUAUAUAA